AUGAGUAAUAAUAAUAAUUUCAAACAAACGACUGUUGCCCAAGCAGCUGUGAUGAAUGACGAUACAAGCACUUCAGUAACAUAUAACAAUAACAAUGAUAACGUUAUGAUGUUUGAUCAGCAAUUUAUCGCUUCGAACGAUAGUAACAUUAUUAUUUCUCCUGACUCUAAUUAUCAGCAAUAUGACGUUUUAUACAGCAACACCAUUAUUUCUCCUCAUAAAUAUCAGAAAUCCACGCCCGAUAGCAUUUCUAUCGUUAACGAUAGUACCAUUUCAAAUCAUCAGCAAUAUAACACUUCAAAUAAUAUUACUCAACAUGAUAGUAACUAUCAGCAAUAUACAUCUCCUGAUUAUAUUGAUAAUAAUCAUCAGCAUUUUGUCGCUUUAAAUAGUAUUUCUCAAGAUAACUAUCAGCAAUAUACACCUCCUGAUCAUAUUGAUCAUAACCAUCAGCAGUAUACAUCCUCUGAUCAUAUUGAUCAUAACCAUCAGCAUUUUUUCGCUUCAAAUAAUAUUUCUCCACAUAAAUAUCAGCAGUAUACAUCUUCUGAUCAUAUUGGUCAUAAUCAUCAGCAUUUUGUCGCUUCAAAUAAUAUUUCUCCACAUAACUAUCAGCAGUAUACGUCUUCUGAUCUUACUGAUAAUAACCAUCAGCAAUCUGUCGCUUCAAAUAAUACUUUUCCACAUAACUAUCAGCAAUAUACAUCCUCUAAUCAUAUUGAUCAUAACCAUCAGCAUUUUGUCGCUUCAAAUAAUACUUCUCCACAUAACUAUCAGCAAUGUACAUCCUCUAAUCAUAUUGAUCGGCAAUAUACAUCUCCUGAUCAUACUGAUAAUAACCGUCAGCAAUUUGUCAAUUUAAAUGAUAUUUCUCCACAUAACUAUCAGCAAUAUACAUCCUCUAAUCAUAUUGAUCAUAACCAUCAGCAUUUUGUCGCUUCAAAUAAUAUUACUCAAAAUAACUAUCAGCAAUAUACAUCUCCUGAUCAUACUGAUCAGCAAUUUGUCACUUCAAAUAAUAAUAUUUCAAAUAAUAAUAUUUUCCACCAAAACCAUCAGCAAUCCACAUCCAAUAAAGUUUCAUCAUCACAAUUCUGCAAAAGUCAAAAUUCACCAUCUCAGUCUAAUAUCAAUCCUCUGCUCAAUUCACUUGGCAUUAAUGUAAAUUCUCCACAAACAAAUAUUUUUAUUAUUGUAUCUACAAUCACUGGUCGAAGUGGUAUGGUUGUACGUGAUUGA